UCAAUUACCAGAGCCUUGUAUGGUUAAUCAGAAUGCCGCUACACUACCAUAUACUUUAGUCGGAGACGACAUAUUUCCUUUAAAGACAUGGCUCAUGAAACCUUAUCCAGAGCUAGAAGGACAAUUGAGAAUACUUUUGGAAUUUUGGCAGCAAAGUGGCGUAUUUUCCGCCGUCCUAUACGUGCAUCUCCUGAGAAUGUGGAACGAAUAAUCAAGGCAUGUGUUUGUCUUCACAAUUAUUUACGCUUAAUGGACAAUGCAUCAUAUACUCCCAGUGGUUUUGUUGACAAAGAAGGUGAAAAUGGAGAAAUCAUACCAGGUGACUGGAGGAAUACUUUGGCAUCAAGUGGUAGUACUGGUUUACAAAGUCUGAGUAAUGUCAGUGGCAAUCGCUACUGCUUUGAUGCUGUUCAGACAAGAGAUAAUUUUGCAAUUUAUUUUAAUAGCGUAGAUGGGCAAGUACCAUGGCAAGUUAAUCAUGUAACACAAGACUCUCGCACAUUGUAACUGGAUGAGAGUUAUCUAAUAGUAACUAUACAUUGUAUAUAUCCCAGCAACUAUUCCUCUACUCUCUCUCUUUCUCCUUUCUUUAUAUAUACUUAUUCUAUUGCCCCAUCCUGCUUAUUAUUAUUAUUAUUAUUAUUAUUAUUAUUAUUAUUACAACAUAACAGUUAUCUUGUUUAAAAAGCAAGUUAAAAUUGUUUAAUAUAUAGUAUAAUACAUUGUACUAUUUGUCAAAGCACUAACACUUUUUAAAGUUUAAUUUGGUCUUUUCACUAUUCUA